CUAUCUCUAUCUCUCUCUCUCUCUCUAUCUCUGCUCGGCUUGUUUAUAAAUAUCUCUCUGAGCGAAGCCCCCACUGGACAUCUCUUCGCUGUCAAGGUGCCAGGGAGUGUGAGAAGGAUCUUUUUUUUCCCCUCUCUCUCCUCCUGUCCACUCUCUCUCACACCACCCCCCAACACUCCCACCCCUCCCCUCGGGCUAACCAGGCUGGACACAGCGAAGGAUCUGGGCAAGCCUCUGGGAACAGAGGGGUUGCAGGGAAAACUCUGGAAACUGGGACCCGGUGGAAGGAAGGAAGGAAGGAGGAGAGAAAGAAGGCCACCUGACGGAGAGACGGGGAGCAGGCAGCGUGCCCUGCACCACAGAGCAUGGGGGCGUCUUAUGGAAAGAAAAAGAAGGCCUACACUAUAGAGCCCCAGUGUGUGAAAAACGGAAACCACCUGAAUGGCAAAGCCUCUGCCUACGCAGACCUGCAAUGGGAGGCUCCCCAGUCAGAGGUGGCUCAGAGGGACCCUUUCAGCAGCUACCCGCACCAAGACGUCCCCCCAGUGGCCAGCUACGCAGCGCAGCCAGAUUACAUGGAAGAGGAAGAUGAUCUCAUCAAGCCCAAAAAGCUUGUUAAUCCAGUGAAAGCCUCCAGAAGCCACCAGGAGCUCCACAGGGAGUUGCUCAUGAACCAGAAACGGGGUGUGGAGCCGAAGCCGGAGCUGCAGCGCGUCCUGGAGCAGAGAAAGAGGGAGCAGAUGAUCAAGCAGCGGAAGCAGGAGGACGAGGCCAGGAAGAAGAUCUCCCCGUUGGAGCAGGAGCUCCUCAAGAGGAGGCGCGAGCUGGAGGAGCUGGAGCGUGAACAGGAGCAGCAGGAAACAGGAAACCAGAACGCACCUGAGUUCAUCAAGGUGAAGGAGAACCUGAGGAGGACGUCGUUUAUAAACACGGGAGAGAAAGAGGUGUGAGGACAGACGCCCACGAGCCACACGGCUAAGAGCCAGAGGAGAACCGGAGGAGAACCGGAGGAGAACCGGAGGCGUCUGUCGUCAGUGUGAUUUCUGCUCUGUGCGGCUUGUGUGAUUGGAAACAGAUGCACGUGUGUGUGUGUGUGUGUGUGUGUGUGUGUAUGUGUGUGUGUGUGUGUGUGUGUGUGUGUGUGUGUGUAUGUGUGUGUGUGUGUGUGUGUGUGUGUGUGUGUGUGUGUGUGUGUGUGUAUGUGUAGGUGUACGUGUGUGUGUGUGUGUGUGUAUGUGUGUGUGUGCAGCUGCUGUACAACACCGUGGGCCUGAGAGGCGGGCUGGCCACCAAUGCCUUCACCAUCACACACACACAGAGCAGCGCGGCCUGGGAUGGACGACGCUAAACCUGCCAUUUUCAUACACCUUCUCAGUCUCACUAAACCAAUGCAAAGGAGCGGAGUGCUGAGGAAGACAGUGCACACGACAUGUCCUACAAUGAUGAUGAGUUGCAGCAUGUUCUAACACGUUGGAGGACCAGAAUGUACAGUUUGAACCUUCUGUGGGAACGUUUGUGCUGUUUCUUUUGGGGGGGAAUUGCCCCAAAGAAGUCUGAAAUGAGGAAUAAUUCAUUGAAUCUGAAAGAGUUAGAUUAGUGCGUGGAGAUCUUAGUUUCUGCUGUAAGAGAGAUGGACCUGUUCUCUGAAUGUGUUCGACGGCUCUGCUUUGACCCAGACAUAUUUCUUUGUGUCUUGGCAUUAAGACAAUUAGUUUUUUAAUGUAUGCCAGCUGUUGUGAGUAGUGUGGCCACAGGGUUUGGGCACAAGUGAUCAGGGGGCAUAAAACAGUGUUAUCAUCAAACCAGGCAGUGCGAGGAUUGUUAAUUUCACAGCUGCCAAAUACCCUAAAGAAGACGCAUUGCAGGACAGACUACCUAAAACACUUUUCCUUGCCAGAUACAAUCGGCACAAGUCACUUUUUAGAGUAAAAAAAAAAUAAAGAUAGAACACACUCUUUCUCCCCUUCUGAAAGGAACGCAAAUAUCAUCAUUUGUCAUCGUUUGUAAAUACGCUGUGGAAUUGUUCUAGUUACUUGCCAUUGCACAGUCAUGACACAGUGGGUGUAUGCAGUCCCAGAUCUGGUCAGGUGUGUGAGAGGGAGGAGAGACUAUUUCUGCAUCUCUCCACUUCAGUGCCUUCACCGCUGUGCACAGCAGUGGUGUACCAAGCUGACCUACAGUAGGCAUACGGGCCAAAAGUCACAGCUGCAGUGCUUCAGCAUCGAAAUCAGCGUGUUGAAAUGCAAAACAAAUGCUUUUUCCUGUAGCUAUCUUAACGUAUUUAGGUUUGUAUGACAAUUAAACAAUGGUCAACACUGUUUUCUACAAGAAGAAAAUACUCAUUCGGCACUUUAGAAUUGUACAUUUUAAUAAUCGUUUGAGUCACAUAACUGAUUUUUAUUUUAUAAGAAUGAUGAUAUACUGUCUUAACUAUAUAAUUUCACAGUUUUAGGAAACCAGUCGGUACUCUACUUUAUUAAGGUGUUCUGGGUAUGCCAUUUUGUUUUCAUAGAGUGUUAUUUUUUGCCUUUAAAUGGUCCUCAAGCCACUUAAUGCCAGUCAGUACACUUGCAUUUUGGUGUAGAUAUUUCUUCCUUUUUUCCUGUUUGAUUUUGCUUUUGUUUUUCUUUGGGACUGGGGGUGGGGGGUGGCGUGUUGGUUUGUAUGUCUCAUGAAAUAUCUAAUCAUAACAACACACACUUCAAGUGUACAGUGCUUAACAUCACAAUAUGUAAAACUGAAACAAGGAAAAGAAUGUACGACUUUAUAUAACAAUAAAACAUUAACUCUACACAGUA